CAUGAGGCGUGAUACUGAUUCUCAAAGAACACAUAUCCACUUCAGAUUACCACAUUUCUCCUGCAUCUUGCUCCAGGCCACAUGCUCUGGAGCUGUCAGGUGGACCAUCAAGACUAAAUUGGCGGCCAGCAUACGCUAGACCAAGAAUGAUAGGCCAUCAAGACGCAUUUUGGUCGCUAGAAGUAGCUUAUCUGACUUCUACAAGCGAGUCUUUGGGCUCAUUGUAUUCAGUAUUAUGAUCCUUCGUUCAUCUCAUCCCUAGACCCGAAGCUGUGCCUCUCCUUAGCUUGCGUCAGCACAGCCAUUUAUUUUAGGCAUCCAAGCCAUUUAGACAAGCACCACGUUUCGGAAUAGGUAAGGUGACAGGCUAUAUACCCGAGCUUUUUUCAUUUCUCGUGUCCAGUCUCACCCUCUAUUUUAACCUUAUUUCUUCAUUACCCCAUAAUUCCAAUCAACAUACUCCGUAUCAACACAGCCAUUUAGAUCACACGACAGCCAACAUGAAGCCCCAAAUUCUUCUCACGGCUGGUCUCGCUGCAGUAGCCAUAGCCGACCAAUGGCCCAUGGCCAAGGAGAAAUGCGGUCGUCUUGGACCCAUGGAAUGGGAUCCCAAUGAUCUUCCUCCCGAUGUUGAUGUCAUGAAUAUUCGAAUGUGCGCCGAUCAUCCCAUGGGAGCUGGAAACUACUGGGGAUGGGGCGAAUAUCUUCCUGACUGGUUUCCUCGCAACCCUUUUGCUGACAUGGAGAUUAAUUGGCUAUGGUGGCCUUAGAUUGGGAUGUAAUAAAGUGACAUUGAAUGAAUAUCUGAGAAAUAAAGAAUCUGAUUAUGAGUAGAACGCCAAUCUCAGUGAAUCCUACUUGUGCACAUCUCAAUCGAAAGAGUUUUGUAUCGUG